GACGAGCCGAGGGGGUGGAGUCAGAGGAGGAAGGACCGGCUGGAGCAAGCGCACACGUGUUCUAAGCUUCUGACAUGUUUCCCUUAAAGGAUUCAGAAUUAGGAGCUUUCACCUUCUUUGCUUCAGCUCUUCCAAAUGAUGUUUGUGGGAGCAAUGGCCUACCUUUGACCCCAAAUUCCAUAAAGAUCCUGGGCCGCUUUCAGAUUCUUAAGACACUUACACACCCCCGGCUUUGCCAGUACGUGGAUAUUUCUCGUGGAAAACAUGAGAGGCUGGUGGUUGUUGCUGAACACUGUGGAAACAGCCUGGAAGAUUUGCUUCGAGACAGGAAACCAGUGAGUCCUUUUAGAACGGCAUGCAUCGCCUUUGAAGUGCUACAAGGCUUGCAGAGUCUCAACGAGCAUGGAAUAGUCCACCGAGCUCUCUCACCUCAUAACAUCCUCAUGGAUGGAGAUGGGCAUAUUAAAUUGUCAAAAUUUGGCCUUUAUCAUAUGACAGCUUAUGGUGCUGAUGUUGACUUUCCUAUAGGGUACCCAUCAUACCUGGCCCCUGAAGUAAUUGCACAAGGAAUUAUGAAAUGCAGUGAUCAUGUGCAAAGUGAAAAGGCACUGCCUUCUGGUCCUAAAUCAGAUGUGUGGUCUCUCGGUAUAAUAUUAUUUGAACUUUGUAUGGGCAGAAAGCUGUUCCAGAGUUUGGAUGUAGCUGAGAGACUAAAACUGAUACUUAAUCUUGGAUGUGUUGAUGAUAUCAUAACAGUGCUAGCUGAAGAACAUGGAUGCUUGGACAUUCUGAAGGAAGUUCCUGAAAAUAUUUUAGCUCUACUUAAGAAGUGCCUUACGUUCCACCCUUCCAAACGGCUGACUCCUGAGAAGCUGUUGAAUGAUUCAGUGUUCAGUGAAAUCUCAUCUUUAUACCCACUCUUCCACACACCUGUCAGUUUUUUCUCACCUAGUCUAAGAUGUGCUAACUUAUCUCUUCCUGAGGAUAUUAAUCAGCUAUUUCAAGAGGAAAGUUCUGAUUACCUAGCAGAAAGGACAAUUGAAGAAGUUUAUUAUCUCUGGUGCUUGGCUGGAGGUGACUUGGAGAAAGAGCUUGUCAACAAGGAAAUCAUUCAUUCCAAACCACCCAUCUGCACACUUCCUAUUUUUUUGUUUGAAGAUGGGGAGAGCUUUGGACAAGGGCGAGAUAGAAGUUUCCUUUUGGAUGACACAACUGUGACACUCUCACUGUGUCAGCUCAGGAAUAGAUUGAAAGAUGUUGGUGGAGAGGCAUUUUAUCCAUUGCUUGAAGAUGACCAGUCGAAUAUACCCCAUUCAAAUAGUAACAAUGAAUUAUCUGCUGCUGCCAAUCUUCCUCUUAUUAUUCGAGAGCGGGAUACUGAAUAUCAGCUAAACAGGAUUGUCCUGUUUGAUAGACUACUAAAGGCCUACCCAUAUAAAAAAAAUCAAAUUUGGAAAGAAGCCAGAGUUGACAUUCCACCUCUAAUGAGAGGUUUAACCUGGGCAGCACUACUUGGAGUAGAGGGAGAUAUUCAAGCAAAAUAUGAUGCUAUUGAUAAGGACACUCCUAUUCCUACAGACAGACAGAUUGAAGUUGACAUUCCUCGUUGCCAUCAGUAUGAUGAAUUGCUGUCAUCACCUGAGGGCCAUGCAAAAUUUAGGCGUGUUUUGAAAGCCUGGGUAGUUUCUCAUCCUGAUCUUGUAUAUUGGCAAGGUCUUGAUUCCCUCUGUGCACCUUUCCUGUAUCUAAAUUUCAACAAUGAAGCUUUGGCCUAUUCCUGCAUGUCUGCUUUUAUACCAAAAUACCUCUACAAUUUCUUUCUAAAGGAUAAUUCUCAUGUGAUUCAAGAAUAUCUAACAGUGUUCUCCCAGAUGAUAGCGUUCCAUGAUCCUGAGCUGAGUAACCACCUCAACGAAAUAGGUUUCAUUCCAGAUCUAUAUGCUAUUCCUUGGUUUCUCACAAUGUUCACACAUGUCUUUCCUUUGCACAAAAUCUUUCAUCUGUGGGAUACAUUACUACUGGGGAAUUCUUCCUUCCCAUUCUGUAUUGGAGUGGCUAUUCUGCAGCAGCUGAGGGAUCGGCUUCUCUCCAAUGGAUUCAACGAGUGCAUUUUGCUGUUUUCUGAUUUACCAGAAAUUGAUAUUGAACGUUGUGUCCGUGAAUCAAUCAACCUUUUCUGCUGGACCCCCAAGAGUGCUACAUACAGACAAUAUGCACAGCAUCCCAAACAAGCUAGUGAAGGCAACUCUACAAGAAGUCUAACAUCUUGUUUCUCAUCAGACUAUCAGGAUACAACCAGGAGUGACCUAUCUAGGGAUUCUAUCAAAUUAAAUGAACUGAAAUCUGAAGUGUCACCACGGAUCUCAGCCGAAGAUUUGAUUGACCUAUGUGACCUGACAGGACCUGGCCAUUCUAAGACCCCAACAAAGAAGACGAAGUCUAGCAAACCAAAGUUGCUUAUUGUUGACAUUCGGAACAGUGAGGACUUUAAUCGUGGGCAUAUACCAGGAAGCAUCAAUAUCCCAUUUGGUUCAGCAUUCACUGCUGAAGGAGAAUUGAUCCAGUGUCCUGCUGCUUCCACACUUCAGAGCUUUAAAGGGAGAGUUGUGGUGAUAGUAGGACAUGUGUCAAAGAAUGCAGCACAGUUCGCAGCUCAUCUGGUGAAAACAAAAUAUCCAAGAAUUUGCAUUUUGGAUGGUGGUAUAAACAAAAUCAAACCAACAGGUCUUCUAACAGUUCCUUCUCCGCAAAUAUGACCUGAAAAACUUGAAGUGUCUCUAUGAAAAAACCUCUUAAGAGUCCUACAACAUUUUAUUUCUGUUAAUGCCACAAAUUAUUCCAUCUGUUCACAGUGGUUUUGUAGUAAAGGUUUUUUUUUAAUUUACCUUCUGUCACAGACUUUUAGUUUGAUUGGAAGAAGCUAUAAAGCAUUAAAAUGUAUGAUGUAAUUUUAAUAAAUCUUCAGUUAAUUGAGCUUCGUCCAUUUAGCAAGAUAAAAAAAAUUGCAGGUGUAUAUAUAAAAUCUGCACUUACUGACUCAAAUUAUGAGUGUGAAAUUACACGAAUGAUUUGAGUAGUGUCAUUUGAGAGAGUGAUACAUAUAAGAUGUAAUUAUUUCAGUUCAAGAAUUAAUUUGUUUUACUUACUAGUUUAUUUGUGGACCAUGGAAUAUUUAAAAUAGAGUAGGAGGAAAAAUGGGAAAUUGCCUUCAGACCAUGUUUGUUGAAUCUUUAGAAAGAACAUUUUCAUAGAAAUAUGUCCAAACAUCCUUCCAUGUCUUGUUGUAUUUGUGGUAUUGCAGUUGCUUGUGAAAUAGCCUUAAUUCUGUCUGUAAAAUGUAAAUAUAUCAUGUUCUGAAAAUUCUUUGUAGAAGAAUAAACUUUUACUCUUGCAUUUAAAA